AGAACGUGGUUUUCCCGUGCCAGUUGUUGGUCUGCACUGGUGCUGCUGGGAGCAGGUGGGCGGACUUGAUGCCGGCCUCAGCCCCCUUCCAGACCUCUGUGCCAGGGCUCUCUGGGGACCGGCAAGACGCAGCAGCCACGGCGUGCCCUGGAGGGGGCGCCCCGGCGGGCCAUCUCCUCAGGACGUAGUUACAGUUCACUUCCAGCACCAGCCCACUUCCUAUUUGAAGCUCAUCCUAAAUGGCCUGCCCAAGGACAUUCAGCACUGAAAGCUCUGAGUAACUUGUCUAAUGACUGGACAUACCAGGACUGCGCCAAAAAAGCAUCAUGAUAUUACAUCAGCAGUUAAUACUUCUCCUAGGAACGUCAUUGUUAGCAAGAGAAAUCUUUGCAUCAACAAGCUGCUUUUCAAAACACCAAAUUUCCAUGUAUUAUUUCUGCAAUCUCACAGAGAUUCCACUUGUCCCCAGUGACACUGUUAAAUUUCUGCUAAGUUACAAUAACAUCAAGCAAGUGAAUGCAAACUCCUUCCCUCUUCUAGAGCAGUUACUGCUUUUGGAAAUAGGAUCACAGUUUACCCAUGGUGUUACAAUAGGGAAAGCAGCUUUUGAGAACCUGCCAAACCUUCUAGUUUUAGAUUUAGGAGCCAAUACGCAUCUUUAUCUGGAUCCGGAUGCUUUUGUGGGUUUGUCAAAUUUAAUUGUUCUCCGGCUCUUUGGCAAUGCUCUUGGGGAUUACAUUUUGCAAGAUAACUAUUUUCAAGAUUUGAUUUCUUUAGAAGAUUUGGAUCUUUCUUCAAACAGGAUCACGAGCCUUCGUCCUCAUCCCUUGUUUUACAAUCUAAAAUCUUUGAAAAGGGUGAACCUGAAAAACAACUGGAUACAGAUCUUGUGUGAAGGAAACCUUCAUAGCUUCCAAGGAAAAACCUCUUUAAUAUUUAGUCUCAAUUCUAAUCACUUAUAUCGUCAUUCGAGUUCAGUGAACUGGGCCAAGUGUGGAAAUCCUUUAAGAAAUAUUAACCUGGACACACUGGAUGUUGGUAGCAAUGGCUGGAGUGUAGAUAUAGUACGAAACUUCAGCACAGCUGUAGAGGGAACUUCAAUUACUUUUCUGAAACUCUCCCAUCACAUAAUGGGUAUGGGAUUUGGGUUUACAAAUAUCAAAGAACCAGACAACUCCACAUUUGCAGGGCUAGCAAGAAGUGGCCUGCGUUUGCUUGAUAUUUCACAGGGUUAUAUUUUCUCUCUCAACCCUUGUGUUUUUCAAAACCUCACUGAUUUAGAAUGGCUGAACCUUUACAAGAACAAGAUAAAUCAGAUCCAAAAGGGAGCAUUUUUUGGCCUGGGAAAGCUAAACUUUCUCAAUCUAUCAUAUAACCUUCUGGGGGAGCUGUAUGAUUUCACUUUUGAGGGGCUUCAUAAUGUAACCAUUAUCGAUUUGCAGCAGAAUCAUAUUGGGGCAAUUAGGGAGAAUUCAUUCAAGGACCUACUAAGAUUAAAGAUGGUGAAUCUCCGUGAUAAUGCUAUUAAAAUUCUUCCUCUUCUCCCGACCCUGACUACUACUUAUUUAGGAGAAAAUAAGUUAGUAUCUUUAAGAGGCCGAACGAUAGCGGCCACGUACCUUGACUUGGAAAGAAACAGGUUGGAAAACUUGGGUGACUUUUACAUUCUUUCCCAAAUUCCAGAUAUUCAGUAUAUCUUUUUAAAACAAAAUCGUUUCUCAUACUGUGUAAAACCUAAUAAUGUUACAGCAAACAGCCAGUUAAUCUACUUGGAUCUUGGAGAAAAUAUGAUAAAGCUUGUGUGGGACAGAAAUUUAUGUCUGGAUGUGUUCUGGGCACUUUCCAAACUUCAGGUCCUUCACCUGAACAACAACUACCUUACUACCCUUCCACAGGAUAUUUUUAGGGGCCUAACAUCACUAAACAGACUCAACCUAGCCUCCAACCUGUUGUCUUACCUCUCUCCUGGUGUUUUUCCUGAGAGCCUGAAAAACCUUAACAUAUCUGGAAACCAAUUUCUUUCUCCUGACCCUGGUGUCUUUAUGACUUUGAGCAUCCUGGAUAUAACACAUAACAGGUAUGUCUGUGAUUGCACUUUAAGCAACCUGCUGUUGUGGUUAAAUCAAACCAAUACGACUUUAGCUGGUUCACAGGAUGACGUAUACUGUGUACACCCACCUGCUUUUGCAGGGGUUCCACUCUCUUUAUUGUUAUUCGACGGUUGUAAUGAAGAUGAAAUCCUGAAGCCUCUACAGUUUGCAGUGUUCAUCUUCACCUCGGUUGUUCUGGUAAUGUUCAUAACAGCAGUCAUCACUUUUAUUCACAUUCGGGGGACUUGUUUUGUCUGGUAUAAGACAAUUACGAGAAUUUUGGUAGAUGACCUUCGUCAAACACCAGAUACAAGUGCAUAUCUAUAUGAUGCCUAUCUAUGCUACAGCAGAAAAGACUUUGAAUGGGUUCAGAAUUCUUUACUAAAGCACCUGGAUUAUCAGUAUUCUGACAAAAACAGAUUCACUUUGUGCUUUGAAGAAAGAGAUUUCCUGCCAGGGGAAAAUCAUAUCAAUAAUAUCCGUGAUGCUAUUUGGAACAGCAGAAAGACGAUCUGCAUCGUGACGAGGCAGUUUCUCAAGGAUGGGUGGUGCGUGGAAGCCUUUAAUUUUGCCCAAAACAGAUGCUUCUGUGAUUUGAAAGAUGUCCUCAUUGUGGUGGUGGCUGGGUCACUUUCUCAGUAUCAGUUGAUGAAAUACAAACCAAUUAGAAUCUUUAUGCAAAGGAGUCGAUACAUGCGAUGGCCUGAGGACCAUCAGGAUAUCGGCUGGUUUUUAAAUAACCUGUCUCACCAAAUUCUUACAGAAAAAAGGGUGAAAAAGAAAUCUAAUGUUAUGGAACUGCAAUCUAUUGCAACAAUCUCAUAGUUGAAAAAGCUGUUCAUUAGGGGUGUGCAAAGUGGGCCCUAUUCGAUUCGGAUUUGGC